GUUCAGAGUGGACCAAUCAUAACCCUCGCGCGCUGUAUACCGAAAGAGCGCAUGCGUGAAUUGUGCUUUCACGAUGGCGUCAGUCGAGCUGAGGAAACAUUUAGAGGAGUUUCUCGAUCGUGUUGGUAUUGAGACGAUCUGCGUUGAUCAUCCUGAGGUGUUCACUGUGGAUGAGAUGAUGCCCCAUGUGUCUCAUCUGAGUGGAAUGGUCACGAAGAACCUCUUCCUGAAGGACAAGAAGAAGAAGAGUCUUUGGCUGCUGUCAGCGCGACACGACCGUGAACUGAACCUCGGUGACGUGGCCAAGCGUCUGGGGCUCGGCAGCGGGAACCUGCGGCUCGCCGAGGAGUCUCUGAUGCUGGAGAAGCUGAAGGUCGGCCGGGGUUGUGCUACAGCUCUCUCUCUCUUCUGUGAUGAAGACCAAAGUGUGAAGGUGGUGCUGGACAGAGAUCUGACCAGCGGGGGACACGAGAGAAUUUAUUUCCAUCCCAUGACCAACAGCGCUACCAUGGGCCUGAAACCAGACGAUCUGCUGAGAUUUCUCAAGGAGACAAACCAUGAGCCCAUCAUCCUAAACUUUGAUCAAGCGUCCUGAUCCUCCAAAGUGUCAAACACUGCUGAUCUUUGAGCUUCGUGAAGACGGCUUUCUGACUAUAACUGCUCAGUGGACCAGCGUGACAUGCUCGGGCUGAUUUAAACUCUUAUUACAUUUAUGGAUUUGGCAGACACAGACUAUUCAAUCUACACAUUGUUUAAUGGGUGUGUACUGUAUGUGCUCAACAGUUUUUGUAUUGAUAAGCAGCAGGUUUUUGGUGUUUAUCUGAUUAACAGUUUUUAUUUCCUGUUGUGUUUUAAGAUUUUGUUGAAUGAACUGUAAACCGAAAGUGCUUUUAGGCAAUCUUACAAAAUUUGUUUUGCACCGUUUAUCCUCAAACACCUCUAAAAUAAACAUUUAGGGCUUUAAAAAACUUUAAUAUAUUAUUUUGUUCUCUUAUUUUCUCAAAUGAGUUUUAUCACAACGUUAGUAAACAUACAAGUACAUAGAAAUGCAUGCCAACACGUCUGUGUAAUCCACGUGUUAAUAAACAUGACAGUUCAAUUAUCAGUGAAAGAUUGUGAGGCUGACAGUAAAGAUGUUUGAAUCACUUAUCUACCUGAUUGAUGAAGAGAAAACUGAAGCUGUAUAAAGUCUGUAAUACACAGAAGAAACAGGAGCGGAGCAAAUACUUUUUGGUCAGUUUUUCUAUGGUUUUCAGUCCUUUAGGGUUUGGAUUUAUUCUUCUGCAGAUGUAUGAAACACACAUGCAGUCACACCUGUCAUGUAAAGAUGAGUUUAUGAUCGUCCAUCUGUAUGUGCUGUUAGAAAGCUCAUUGAUUAUAAAGAUGUGUAAAUCUCUCAGAAACACCAA